AUGAAAUACCAAAUUAAACAUAAUUUUUGUUUAUUUCUCUGGGCACCAGCUAAUCAAGAAUUGAUACCAAUGAUAACCUAUAAAGAUUCUAAUCAUAAUUUGAGAAAAUUAAAUGAACACAUUUCAAUAAGAGGUAAAUGUGCUCAAAUCAAUCAAUCAACUGAUCUUCAUCCAAAUUCAAAAAUUGAAGUUUUAUAUGAUGCAUUAUCUAGUAUUGAUGAUGAUCAAAAUGAAACAACAAUACCUGCGUUAGAAAUGAUUUUACACAUCUAA